AUGAGUCAGUCCCCGGACGAAGCGAGAGCGAGGAUUCAAAAGUACAAGGAGGAACGAAGGAAUCAGCUCAUAGCGAGGACGGCCACUUUGUUUUCUGCCAAUGUCACUGAAAGGCGCCCCAGGAAAGCAGUUCAGAAAUCUCCAGAGAUUGCCAGUCAGCUACACUCUUCCUCUGAGUUGAAUCUUAACACUGCCUCAACCUCUGUGCCUAUCAGAACCACUCGAACUUCCCGUCUCCGAGCUGCCGCUGCCAGUAAUGUAGAUUCUUCACCGAAAAAGAAUAAUAGAAGUUCCUCCGUGCAGUCGCUCUUAGAAGAUGAUAAUUCAAAAUUUAAAGAUAAAAAGCGACCAUUGACCAACAGACGACAAAGUCAUGAAAAAGAAAAUAUUAAAAACAUUUCGACUACAUCUAAAGAUGGUGCUAUUAGAAUGAAACAUUCCACUAAUAAAAAUAUUUUAGAAAAAGACAGAAGCAAUUUAUUAGUUUGUACUCCUAAACGAAGAAAUGUUGACGUGAAAUAUAAUUCUAAAAUAGAUACAACGACUAGUAAAUUAGUGACUGACGUAGUUAGUAUUAAAGAAGACGAAGGAAGCGUGGAUGAUGUUUUUAACAAUAUACUUGGUGAAAACACUCCAAACAGUUUUGACAAAGAUAAUUUUGAAGAGUUGUAUAAAGAUCUCGUUGAAGAUUCGAAUGGCGAUGGGGAAGUUUUAAUUGAUAAUAGAAAGCUCAAAUAUAGUAAUAAAAGUAACAUUCCUAUAGUGAAAGAUGAUUUAGACGUAAUUGUAAAAUGUAAUGGUGAUGUGCCAAAAGUGAAGGAAGUGGGUUUGUUGGGAGCAGUGUGUAUUCGUAAAGUAGAAAAAUUUAGUGAACUGUUUCAUAAUUUAUGUGCUCCAUGUGAAGCUGAUGUUUUAUUUGAAGAUUUACUUGUGGAUAAUGGGAUUGACACUACAAAUGAUUCGGUUGGGCCAAAAAAGAGUGUCAAGCGAUGGUCCAGAGAUAGAGCAUCCUUAGAGCAACCCAAAUAA